CGGAUAUGACGACAUAACAAUGACAGGAACACAACUUUAGCUUUAGCUGUAGCACAACAACCAGCUCGGUAUCCAAGAAAGACACAUUAUUCAGCAUAUCGCCGAUUUUUAAAGCUGAUAUGAAGCUUAAGCGGAAUUAAAUUACUUAAGUUAAGCUCCUAAACUUCGUUCUUCUCCGCAUUUGGGAAUGGUUUGACAGAACCAGGAAACAUGCACAGUCGUUUGCAGGAGCUGAAAAAAGAAGAGGAGACUCUCCUCAAAAUCAAAGUGAUGUUACAAGACCAACUCAACCGCUUGAAGUUUGAAGAAGGAGCCUUGAAGUCAAUAAUAAAUGCUCAGACGGAAGAAGGAGCCUCCCAGCGCUUAAGCCCGGAACCCGAGGUUAACAUUAAUCCUGACGAUGAGAGCGAGAUCAAUCGAACCAAGCUGCUGUUGAAUUCUGCUGCAGACAUUGACAUGGAGGAAGAAGAGGAGGAGGAUGAAGAAGAAGAUGAUGAUGAAAAUGAAUAUGAUGAAGAUGACCAUGAGCUUGAGUUUGAUCCUGAGGAGGAUGAGGAUGAUUAUUGAGAACUAUAAGAUGUAUUAGCACCAGUGAAGGAGAAUACAAACUCUGUUUGAAGUUUAUUUGUAAUUUGAAUUAGAAUAGAUUUAAUUUAUUUGAAAGGAGUAAGAAUUAGAGUGCAACAGUGUGUGGAUUUAGUACAUAUCAUGCUAUUUCACUGUGUUAGUCUUGUGUGAAACAUCACACUGGAAUGCAGUAUUACUAGGUGCUUUUUCUGUAGCUCCUUCCACAUUUAGUCCAUUAUGAAAGACAAAAGAAAAUAAUAUUUUACUUGUGAGUUAGAAAGCCAGUGUUGAAGCUGUCUAAUGGAAAUGUAUGGCUGGGCCAUAAAAGAACUUAUGAAAGCAAUGGGAAUGGAAAGCACACAAUAAAUGUUUUGCAUUA